AUGGCUUUAGUGCACGAUGAAGUCUCCGGCAUCGCCCUCUUCCAUGCGCUGCUCGCCUUCUCCUCCCUUCACCGCCAUGGUCUCAAUGAGCAGACUAUCCAGCUUAAAGGUCGCGCUCUCCAGUCACUGUCGGCCUCGGUCAACGACGAAAUUCUGACCCCGGAGAAAGCCGCGCAAGAUGUGGCCGCAUCUAUGCUUCUAGGGGCUUUUGAAACGUUGCAGCCAAUUGAGGGCACGAUUCUCGAUUCAAGAGAUCCCAGGACCAGCAAUACGAAGUACCAAGACCAUCUGCAAGAUCUGAAGAGCAGGGUAGGAAAUGUCUCCAUCGAGUCAGCAUCUGCCGAACCCACGUCUGAUUCCAUGUUCGCCGUCCACCUCUACCAAAUAGCAACGCAGAUAUAUCUUGCGCGACUCUCGAAAAGCCCGUGGGAGCCAGCGGAAAACCUCGACGCCCUGGUCAAUGCCGCAUUUGCAGGACCUAUCCAGUCAUGCUCCUGUGAGCACUUCUUCCCCUUGCUCAUCCUAGCUUGCGAAGCACACAGGGACGACCAGAGAUUAGCCAUUAUCAACCUUAUCGAAAGGACACAGAGGGAUACGCGUAUACGUAGUAUCGAGGGGGUUAAGAACACAGUCAGAUCCAUCUGGGCGCAACAAGACCUGCACAAAGAUGGCGAGAUCCUAAUGGACUAUCUCGGUAUCAUGACCACUGCGAUCAGCUCCGGCAGCGCCGUGCCAUCUUUCGCUUGA